AGGUGAUGAAGGGCAAAUCUACGAAGUCGACGGCAAAGGCAGCUUGGUGCUGCAACAACAGUGGGCGACUUUGACUGCCAGCAUGUUCCCAGAGCCCACAACGGCCUCAACCAGAGGCUGGAAGAUAUCUUCCGAGCGAUUGCCGAUUUUAGCUGCUGUGUUUUGCGGAGCUGCCUUAGUUGUUUGUCUGUUCUGCGCUUUCUUUCUCUACCGUUGCUGUGUCAUGCCUCGCAGGGACAAAAAUUUCAGUAUGCGUCAUCUGGAUGGUACUUCCACAGGAACGCAAGUUCCUGCAGUAGUUUCCCCGGCCUACCCGACUCAAUCCGCAGUGUUCGCUGAACAAAAAGGAUGUUCGUGGGGAUACAGUAACCGACUUGUUGCUCAUACUCAACCUAGCCCUUGGUACGUUUCAAGGGUGAUCGGUGGUCCUCAAUGUACUCAGUGCCCGGGUGUAUGUCCGGUGCCAAGAAGUUCCAGUAAUCCUGGACCAUCAUCAAAUAAUGUGCCCACACAUAGUUCAAUAAAUAAAAAACAGAGGCCGCUGAGUCAACCAGUGGCUACGAACGUAAGUGAUGAGAUUGUUCCAAAGACUCAGUUACCAGAUAUAUCAGAAUUUUCACCAAGCAGUCCUCAAUAUGCUUCUAGCAGUAUUUUAGAUGAAGUUGGAACCAAAGAGGAAAAAUGUAGCGGAGAACCAACUUUGAAAACUCGAAGUUUACCGGCUUGGGUAAGGUCGAAACCCAGGCCUCUUUCAACAGAAGAUGAUAUUAAUGACUUGUACGCUAAGGUAAACUUUAGUAAGAAGCGGAAAAAUAGGAUGAGGAACGACGAAGCUGCCAUAAUAGCGUUAAGUAAGUCUAGAAGUCAAUUUUUACAUAAAGACACCGAUUCCUUAGUGGACAACGAAGCAGUCAUAGUAUAUGACGAACGCACAGCUUUAUAA